AUGUAUGAUGAUGAAGAGGAGGAGGAAGAGGAGGAGAAGGAGAAGCAGGAGAGCAAUCAGCCGGUGUGCUGCGACGAGGUAAAGGCGGGCAGCGAACGAGGGAGCAAGCUGCAACAGCGAUCCGAUGCACAUCACGGCUACUGGCGCUCACUCAGUGAACGUGCGUACGUGACUGAAGAGGCAGCAAAGGAGGCAGAGGAGGCUGAAGAAGAGAAGGAGGCACGGAAACAGAAGCAGGCAGCGCAGCACUUGACGGCGAGUGAUCACCGCCGCCUUUCUGUUGUGGCAUGUGAGUGCAGCGGCUGA